AUCGAACACGGUGUUGAGUUUGUAUUGAUUUUAAUUUGAAACCUAAAUGUGUAUCAGUCGUCUGCCUUUAAAACUUACGUAUGGUUCAAAAGGAAUAUUUUGUGAAAUAAUUUGUUUUAAAUUAACAUGAUCAUUGAUUAUAAGUCAAAACUGAGGAACAGAAAAUGUAAAAAAAUCGAGCCUUCAGAAAUCAACAUGAUCAACUAUUCAUCGAGAAAACUAAAGCAUCGAUAAUUAUGCAAAGGGGUGUAAUUGAGCCGCAUUGAAUUUGUGAUUCGUUCAAUUCGGCUUUGUGGCAUUAACGGAAUUUUAGUAUUUCAUGUUUAAACCGAAAUUCAACGCUGGCUUUUAAAUAGAGCACACCGGAGCCGUUACGCGGGGCGCUACACGAUGGGUUCGAGUUUCUGAGAUGCGCAGAUGGCAUUCAUUGACGGGGGAAAUCUCGGAGUCAUUUUGUCUGUCCUCACCGUCGCUGGGUUCGUCCUAAACGUUGUGUCCAUCGCAAUCAAAGUGUGCAAGGAUUUCUCUAACCCGAAACUUUGGAAAUACUCUUUACUGUGCCAAAAUGUAGCGAACUGCUUCGUAUCAUCAGGUCUUGGAUUGUUUCUUAUUAAUCUGCAAGUUGGCGCGUCUGUUCUGUGCAACGCCACUGGAUUUUUUCUUCUGUUUGGAAUAUUUCAGUGUUCUCUCUCCUAUUUGACGACGGGCAUCAUUCUCUUGUCCGUCCAGAACCCUGGAAAAGCGUCUUCCCUGUCCACGUUCCAUCGGUCCGUGGUUGCAGCUAUCGUAGUACCGGAAGUUCUGGUCGGCGCCGUUAUUUCUUUCCUACCGUACGUCUCAAAGUCCUUGUUCGAUACCAGCAUCGACUUUGACGUGGCAUGUUUCCCAAUUAGGGAUCACGGGCAACAAGGGGAGGCGUUCGGAACGCUACUUGUGACAAUCUGGUGGAUUAUUCUUGCGGCCACAGCCGUGUGUGAUACAAUCACAGUGCUCAAACUCUGGAAGUUUAACAACCGUGUGAACUCCGCGCAAAAUAACGUGUGGCAAACACAGCUGAUCAUACAGGGGAAAACAUUAAUUAAGAUUUCUCUGAUAGAGCACGCAAUAUUUGCCUCGGUCGUUCUACUGAUAACUCUAUCCGUAUACGCAGACCAGAAUUUAUUUGAAGACAAUAAAACAUGGAUCGUGAUGACGUCACUAGCCGUAUCGGCGCUAUUCCACGGGGUCUUUUCUAACGUGAGUGACGUUAUGUGGACGGCGUGCUGCUGUCGGGACGCCGGGGCGGUGAAGGAGCCCCAGCGGAAGUUGAAGAAGUUGGAGCUGAUGAAGAUAGAGGGUCCGGGCCGCCUGCGGAUGAAGGCCACGUGGACAGUGGGCAAACACGCCACCAAGCGGGGCAUGAUGAAGGUAUACGGAACUCAGACCCUGCGCGCUUGGGCCCAGGAGAUCGUGAUGCUGGGCAUGUUGAGGCGCACCCAACAUCCGAGCCUCGUGCAGUGCCUGUGGACCAGCAGCUCGAACCCUUACUACGAAACCAUGACGCUGAUCUCCGGGGAUAUAGUCACCAGCGACUCCAGAAUUAUUUGCCUCGAGAUGACCAAUGGCGGGACACUACAUGACUUCCUUCAGAAGUGCGAACUUCCGCUUCCGGAGCCCUGUCAGCGCAUGAUCGUGCAUGACAUAGCGGAAGGACUCUUCUACCUCCACCACGAAAACAUAUUACACAACAAUCUCACUUCCGCUUGCGUUUACCUCAAAGGAUCGUUGCAGAGCAUGGUGCUGCGAGCGGCUGUCGGUGACUUCGAGGAGGCCCAGAUCUAUGGCACCCUUCAGCAGAGUCUUGACACCUCCACCCGCGACAAAAAGUACUUCUUCCUGCCUGACGUCCGCUCCUUCGCGCUCAUUGCACUGGAAAUCCUCGGCAAGAUGUGCGAGAAGAAGUUCCAGAACCGCUACGUCAACUACAACUCAGAGCACGUGCCGCUGAAGCUCAACCUUGAAAACACGAUAUCUGACGAAGAUGAUGAGUUUGAAGCUCAGUAUUGCUACGAUGUUCAGGACACACGUCGUAUGUUUGAAGCCAUUCAUUCGGAUGAAGUUGAAGAUUCAGAGGAUGAGCCUGUCAACGAGACCAGUGAAUUCCAAGUGAGACGAAAAGCUAACGGAUCUUUGGAAAAUUUAAUGGACCACAGUAGGCCAAUGUCGCCUGUUUAUACGGGCAGGAAUUUAGGUACUCCAGAAAGUGUACAUAGGAUUGAUGAACAUAACAUGGAGAACGAAACAAUAUAUAAGACAAAUGACACAGUGUUUAUUUCUAAAUCUCCUAAGCAUGUAGAACAAGUCGCCGAACAGUCGCCAUCGAGAUGUAAGAGUCCUGAAGUGUUGAUUCCUGUGAAGCCAUCAAGCAAAAGCAAAAGUAGAAAAGCCCGAAAAGGCAUAAGUAAAUCAUCGGAAGAUAUUUUGAAUAAAGACCCAUUCGUUGCGCCUCAAAGAAAAUCUUUAUCCAGCAACGAGGUUUUACAAGAUAUUAAAACUGCUCGAUGCGUGUCACCCGAUCCUAUGAUGGAUGAACGACUCCAAGAACUUAGAAACGAGGCAAAGUCUGGUAUCAAAGAAGGCAAAAAGGAACGGAAAUUCUCAUUCCGUAGGAAGAAAAGUGAGGAAAAUGUUUUGCAAAAAGAAGCUUUUGUAAAAACAAGCGAAGAGCUUGACGCAAAGCGUAAAGAUGGCAAAUGGUUAUCUAAGCCUUCUUCAAUUCUGAAAUCAAUCACUGGCAAUGACACGGCAGUGUCAGUGUUCAAAGCCAAAAUAAAUGAUGAUGAAAACCAUUUAGAUGCCAUUGAAGAAGAGGAAAUACUUGGAAGUGUUGUAAAUAAGCCAAAAACUACCCAGAUCUGGGAAAAACAAAAGGCUGAAGUUUGGGAUAUAAUUGAUGAACAAUAUUAUUCUCAGGUACACAAAAAGGUGACAAAUAAAUUAAAGAAGACAGUGUCAAGUGAGUCGCGCUCGAGUUUAUGGUCGUUUAUAUCAACUCCAGAAGAUAUGGAUGAUGACGACCUAGACGAUAUUUUGGAGUGCUUACCGGGUAUGACGGAACCAGAGGAAUUCCGAAAUAGCGCGGUCAAACUAGCGGAUAUUCUUGGGGAACGAGACAAAGCAGUUCGACAGGAACAAACCAAGAAACGGUUUUCGUUGACGGAUUUGAAUAAAUCUAAGUUUGAGUUGAUUGAUUAUUAUGAAAUGCUUAAAGCACGGCAGAUAACAAUACACGAUGUUCCAGAGGAAAAACGUGAAAUGUUGUUAAAUAUUGUCGAGCUAAAAAGAGAAGAGAAAUUGAAGCGUGAUGGUAAAACUGUCAGUAACUCUGUGUUAAAAAGUGAUGAAAUGUAUAGCGAUGGAAUGAGUCCAGGUGGGGCAAAAAUGGAUUCAUCGGGAAAAGUUAAAUUAGUCAGUUUCAGACAGAAUCAAAGUCAUUCUUCACCCCAAAGGACAGCUCCUUUGCAGCCGAUGAAAGAUCCGAGACUUGAUAGGGCUAGGUCAGCCCCUUUGAAGCGACCUAGAACACCCAUGCAUAAACCGCAGCUAGCUAAAACUGAACAGAAGCCUCCUGCAAUUACUGUUGCAAAACGAAACAAAGCGCGGGCCGCUUUAAAACGCGCACUGAACAAUAAAGGUGCUCAAAACUUCACUGAACGUGCCUCGAGCCGUGAACGUGAAAAGGAACGUGGUCAACAAGCUCCUGAUAUGUCAGUCAAAUACGCAACAAUACGUAAAAUAAAUGUAAAUGGUGCUGUAAAUGACAAUGACAAUAUCCCAGAAGAGACUAUUACUGUGCCUAUUCCAACCAGUGACAGUUUCUCAUUCACGCAUACAAAACCUUUGAUUAAAAAUGACAUAAAACGUUAUUCGAGUUUCAGUAGCAAUGAAAGUAGCACUGUCUCAAUAGUUCGGUCGAGAAACCUGGAUGUGUCCCUAACGAGUGGAGAGGUGUCGUCGUUGUCCUCCCAGGCUGAAAGUGAUCACUACGAAACGGAUAUUGAGACAGUUAACAAUGCACCUAAUAAGAACAAUAAACCAAUGGCCCACAAAGGCAAGAAGCCUUCCUCACGGGUCGAUAGUGGGUUUGACAGUGGCUCGAUGAGCAGUGAAAUGUCGGAUGCAUUUAUGAAUAAACAUAAACAUUUAAAUCCCCAGUCCUCAUUGAAUCAUAAUAAAGGAGUACUGAACUCGUGGGCUCGAAAUUAUAAGCCAAUAGACAGCCUACCAAGUUCACCGUACAAUUUCGGAAGUAAAUUUAUACCAACAAAUGAACAUUUGCCUUUAACAAACGAGCAAAACAGUUCGCAUGUGAUAGUUGUUGGUUCAAAGAACAGUGUUCAGAAUGAUAACAUGGAUAAAGCGAGCGUCGACAGCGGAUAUGUUCAUACGUCUCGCUCUAGGGAAAGAUCUUCACACGGCAAACAUCAUGAUCGUAAACACAACGUCUAUACUCAUGAUGACGUAAAGUCACUGCAGAUGUCACCUUACAACCGAACAAUGUCGCCGACAUCGCAACAAAAUCCAAAGCAAUUUUCGCGCCCUAUGUCCCCAUCACGACCUUUAUCUCCUCCGAACACGCUCGCCUCAACAUCGCGUAGACCGAUGUCGCCGGAAAUUCGACCAAUGUCGCCACAGACAUAUGGCCCGACAAUAUCUAAGCAAUCAAACGAACGCCCGAUGUCUCCAAAUGUUCGUUUGUCUGAAGGUCCCAAAUCACGGCCAAUGUCACCUUAUGCUCGGGUCAUGUCGCCGACAACAGAGCGGCCAUUUUCACCUGGAAGAAAAUUAAUAAAACCGCUGUCACCAUUGCCGAAGGUUCGAUCAAAGAGCAUGGAAUAUGUUGACAGACACGUAUCAAGAUCACCAGUUACCAAAAAACUUCACGAACACAAUGAGCCGAGAGUUCGGUCGCUGUCACCACCUCCAGUUAUCAAUAUUAAUGGAUCACAGACGUCUUUGAACGACUCAGUAUCCUCUAUCGCUUCACGCAGGUAUAGAGCACUCGUGAAACAAGGAGUUCCACUUCGAGAGUCGGUAAUAGACGUCAGUCCGACUAGACAAGCAAAUGAGGACAUGGAAUCAAGACCCGGCACCGCCGACAGUAUGGGGAGACCAUUUACUGCAGAGGAACUGUAUGAAAAUCUCGAAUCCAAAGGAUUCUUUGCGAACCGACCGCGGUCUAAGAGCCCAUUUAAGGGAACGAGCCCGUCAAGAAACAAAAGUCCUUCUAGGGAUACAAAGAAUGAAGCAAGCCCAAAACGGCGAGAAAACCGCAACCCAAAACAGCUGCCAUUAGAAGAACUCGUUCGAGAGAAACCGUCCGGUCCAAGCAAAAAGGCGACGGCCCAUCGUUCCGCGAGUAAGAAUCACCUGGCGGUAAGCGAGGAGGCGUAUCUCAACCAGCCAAUGACGUCAGAGGAAUCUGAAACAUGCAGCAUUAAGACUAACAAGAGCAACAACUCAAUCCCAGCUGGCGUAAAUCCGAAAGUAAUGGUUGAUGCCGAGCUUGUCAUUGAUAGAAUAUUUUCACAACAGCAUCCACACAAUUACGACAUGGAUGUUGAAGUAGAAAGGGCCUUAGGUUUGGACAAAGAUCCAUUCAAGUCGAUAAAUGAACUUUAUCUUAACGAUAAAGACCAAGGUGCGAUUGAUCUAGAGAAUGUCCCUUUGUUGAAUGGCAUGAACCAGAAACAUAUUCAUGGGUGCCUUGAGCUGGUGUCGGGCCUACACGUGAUCACCGUACGGGAUCUCCUGCCGGCCAACAAGGAAAGCUUUGAGGUGCUCAGGAGCAAGUUGCAACAGGUUGGGCAGCUCGGAACUGUAGGAAAUCAGUUGCUGGACGUGAUAGAACGCUGCUGGUUAAUGGACAUCCCGCCGUCGUCGGGAGAUCUCGUGGAACAGCUAACAGACCCAGUCACCGAGACGGAACUGUAGAUACACUGUCGUCGUCGGCAGAUCUAUUUGAGCAGCUAACAUAACAAAGGUCUAGAGACUGAACUGUAUAUACCCUGUCGUCGUAGGGAGAUCUCGUGGAACAGCUUACAUGACAAUAGUCUAGAGUUGGAACUGUACAUAACAUGUUGUCGUCGUCAGACGUCGUGGGGCAGCUUACAGACACAGUCGUCGAGAUGAAACUCUGGAAACAAUGUCGGCGUCGGGGCAUAUUCGAAAACAUAUUAAGCCGAUGUGAACCAGACUGAGUCUUUCAUGUGUACGAGACAUAACUGAAUCAAUGGAAGAGCUGGGUAUUCUGUCAUCGUCUUAAAAUGAAUAGGAAACUUAGAUAACAAGCAGCCUGUGAGAGAUGUUAAAUCGAGUUUUUACCCCUCGGUACUUCCUGUCGGCGUCGGGUAUUGUAUAUAUCGUUAAAUAGGUAACUGUUGAUGAACAUUAGUGAUAGGGUCAUUUGUAAAUCAGUUGGAGCGUUGUGAAAUAGUUACACAUUCCGUAUUGUGUGAGAUGUGUGCGCGUUCUCAUGUUAUUCUUGGGUAUUCCUGUCAACGUCACCUGGAAAAAAAGACGCGGGUAAGCAAUCUUCUGACCAAGUGAUCGAAACACGAUUUAACCAAAGGGAUUUGUAUUCUAAAUGUCGUUACGGUUGCUGAACAUUUUUCUCAGCGACUAUGAGUUGUUUCCGUCCAAGCUAAUUCUGCCCAAGCGGUAGUAAGGGAGUUGUAUUUAGAAGCAAUGGAUACCCCUUGACGCAAGUGCUUCACAAAAAUGAUCUAGGUCACAGACUGCGCAUAUCAAUAAAUAAAAUGUCGAUGCAAUUAUAUGUUUCUACAGAUUGUAGAACAACAUAUUUUUCUUCGAUAAGUAGUAGCUUAAGUUGGGUACAGGGACAAGUUCAGAAAUGUUGGGGUUUUAAUGCAUUUAAUGUUUAUCAAGAUUUGUUGUUGAAUUUGUAUCACCAGUUGUGAUGUAUAUGCGUGCCAAAGUUGGUAAGUAGAUUUUGGACCUAUAAGAACGUGGUAUCUUUUGGCUGAAAUAUGUUUAUACGAUGUAUAUACUUGUAAAUAAGAAAUGUAUAUUGUAAAAUGUGAAGUGCUUUCAUUUCUAUGUGAGCCGCAUUCAUGGAAAACCGGGCUUAAUGCAGGUGUGCAAGUGUCGUUCCCGAAAAGCCUUUGCUGUCUGCAUAGGCUUAUCAGGGAAGAAAAUUUCCGCUUUCAUUGUAAUUUGUUUGAUUGAAAUACGUCUCUUGUAAACCUCAAUCAAGUCUAGGUGGAUUGUGUCGUCCCUUAUUAGCCUGUGCGGACUACAGGGGCUAAUCUGAGGCGACACUUUACGCAAAUGUAUUAAACCCGGUUUUCCCAUACCACGGUCGCAAUGCGUGAUCAAAAUCACACAUCUCUUUGCUGUAUUGGUUAUCAUAUAACAUGUACCUGUAAUGUGGUGUUUCCGUCCAUCAUCAUCCAAUUAACUGAAUCGGCAUAGUUCAUUCAAUCGGAGUUUUGUUAUAUUUACCGUUAUCGUAAAAUUUGCAUAAAGUUUGGCAUACCUUCAUUAAAAAAACUAAAGUACGAGAAAAAAUGUCUAAAAUACACAGGAACACAAAUACAUGUUAUGUUGUUUAUUGAAUUGUACAAACAAUAUAUAUAACAUAACCCCUAAUUGCAUGCGGACGAAUGGUUGAUCAUAUAUAUUUCUAGAGCGGUUGAAAGCGAACUGUUUAAAAAAGAAUUUGAAAUACAUGAAAGGCGUCAUUAUUAAUACAUUUCUGAUAAUUUGUGAAUAACGUCACAAUUUGCAUUUAAUACAUAAUAAUUAACUGAAGCAAUUAAUGGCUUGUAUAUUUGCUAAUUCAUUCCAAAUCCAAAAUGUUGUAUACUGAUGAAGUUCGAUUACUUAUAGUACAUUUGUUGUGUUCUUUUGUAGCUAUUACGUGUAGAUACCUUUGUUGACCUGCCGCGCUCUGUGAAAACGGGGCUAAAUGCAUGUAUAUAAAGUUUGAUACCAGAUUAGCAUGUACAGUCCGCACGGGCUUAUUAGAGAUGGCACUUUCCGCUUUUAUUGAAAACAUGUUUCAAGAAAGUCUCCUUAUACCAAAAAAUCCACUUGAAAUGUAAACAGUCGUGCCUGAUAAGCCUGUGCGGACUGCACGGUCUGAUCUAUGGCAACACUUUACGCACAUGCAUUAAGCCAACUUUUCCCAGGAUGAAGCUAUAUAUAAUUGAGUCGCGUUCUAAGAAAACGGGGCUUAAUGCAUAUGCGUAAAGUGUCAGCCCAGAUUAGCCUGUGCAGUCCGCAAAGGCUAAUCAGGGACGACACUGUACGCCUUAACUGGAUUUUCGUGUAGAAGAGACUUCCCUUAAACAAAAAUACCAUAAAAGCGGAAAGUGUCGUCCCUGAUUAGCCUGUGCGGACUGCACAGGCUAAUCUGUGAUGAUACUUUACGCACAUGCAUUAAGCCCCGAUUUUUCAGAACGUGUAUUAUAUAUAUUGCAUUCAAACGUGGAUUGUGUCAGCAUUUAGUUAAUUAUCUUCCAUGUAAAUGUAUGCCAGUAUUGACACGUUUGUUACAUUUGACAUAUCAUGUAAAAUGUAUUAUUAAAUGGACGUAUUUCUUUAAAGUUGACACAUAAAUAGCCAAUCGAUGUAAUAGUUUAAAUAAAUGAAGACAUAUAUGAAUGACGUACUUAUAUAAGUUACAAUAUUUUUAUACGUACGGUAAUCUUAAGUGUGCCUGUAUAUGAAAUAGAAGUUCAACAUAACAAAUAUUAACAUACAUGCACUAUGUACCUAAUCUUUAGGCCAAAUGAUUCACAUGUCCAUGUUUGUGUUUAUUGUGUUUCUGAGACUUUAAGAUUUUGUCCACGUUUGUGGUCUCCAAUACCUUUCUAAUUGGCCUAUUAAAAGUUACAAUCCACUUUUAUAUUCUUAUACAGAUACUGUAUGAUUUUGAAUAUUCGUGUAAUUAAAACAUUUCAUACAAUCCAAUUUUUGAGAAAAAUAAGUGAACACAAUGUUGAAAAACAUUCUUUGAGUUAAUUGUUCACAAGGAGUUUUCACACCUGUUAUAAAUUGUUAUAUUUGUUUUCAUUAUUAUAGUUUAUCAAAGUUUAAUACUGCUGACUUGAGCAUGUGCUUAUCUCCAAGCAAUUCUGUGAUCGACGGAUAUUUUUGAAAUGCAUGUUUAAAUAAACUAAGAACAAA